AUGAAGGUGGCUGUCUUCUUCCUCCUGCUUCUACCAGUAUGCUGGGCCAAACCAUUCCACCAAAAAGGCUUAUUUGAGUUUAUGCUAGAAGACGAAGGAUCUGCUGAUCUUCCGACAGACAGUCCUGACCCAGACCCACCCGGAGCAGUAUGUCCAUUCCGCUGUCAGUGCCAUCUUCGGGUUGUUCAGUGUUCAGAUUUAGGCCUGGAUAAAGUGCCAAGGGAUCUUCCCCCAGACACAACUCUGCUCGAUUUACAGAACAACAAAAUCACUGAAAUAAAGGAAGGAGAUUUCAAGAACUUAAAGGAUCUCCAUGCAUUGAUCCUUGUGAACAACAAGAUAAGCAAGAUCAGCCCUACAGCUUUUGCUCCACUGAAGAAACUGGAGAGACUUUACCUUUCCAAGAAUAACCUGAAGGAACUUCCAGAAAAUAUGCCUAAAAGCCUUCAGGAGCUCCGUGCCCAUGAGAAUGAGAUCACCAAGCUGAGGAAAGCUGUCUUUAAUGGACUGAAUAGUAUGAUUGUCGUAGAACUGGGCACCAACCCACUCAAGAGCUCAGGGGUUGAAAAUGGAGCCUUUCAAGGGAUGAAGAAGCUCUCCUAUAUCCGUAUUGCAGAUACCAACAUUACUACUAUCCCUAGAGGCCUUCCUCCAUCCCUUACGGAGCUUCAUCUUGACGGCAACAAGAUCACCAAAAUUGAUUCUGAAAGUCUAUCUGGACUCGCCAACUUGGCUAAACUGGGUCUCAGUUUCAACAGUAUCAGUGCUGUUGAUAAUGGCUCUCUUGCCAGUAUACCUCAUCUGAAAGAACUCCACUUGGAUAACAAUGAACUUGCCAAAGUACCUGGUGGGCUGGCUGAACACAAAUACAUCCAGGUAGUCUACCUUCAUAACAAUAAAAUUGCUUCUGUUGGCCCCAGCGACUUUUGCCCUCCUGGAUACAACACCAAAAAGGCUUCCUAUUCAGGUGUGAGUCUUUUCAGCAACCCUGUACAAUACUGGGAAAUCCAGCCAUCUACUUUCCGAUGUGUCUAUGAACGUUCGGCAAUACAGCUUGGAAAUUACAAAUAG